AUAAAUAAGAAGUAAAUAAAAGUGAUGCUUUUUUGCAAAGCUUUAUAAUUAAAUUAUGAAACCUUACCACACUAUUUAUACUUAUCUAAAAAUCAUUUAAAGUUUAUGCAUAAAAUUAAGAAAGCAUUGCUUGAACGAAAAUAUAUGUAUUACAUAUAAUACAACUAAAUAAAUGUUAAUGUACAAAAAUUUGACUGAUACCCACCAAGAAAUAAAUGAUUUGCUCAAUAUGAAAACAUGUAGAAACUUGCAAAAAUGGUUUCUAUUCGAAUUUUAAACAGGUUGUUAAAAAGAGGAGCCCUUCUGACGACGUUAUUUGUUAUACUUUUCAAUGAAUGUCUUAUAUAUUCAAUAACACCUGCAUGGUGGAAUUCUCUAAAAUGUUAUUCAGAUAAUUGUACACGCAUACUUUUUGUUGCAGAUCCGCAACUUUUAGGAUUCGAAAACGAGAACAAAUUCUAUAGCAGCUUAGCUAGAAAGGAUUCUGAUAGAUAUUUAAAAAAAACAUUUGAUAAGGCAGUGAAAUUUACAAAUCCUGAUAUUAUAUGUUUUUUAGGAGAUUUAUUGGACGAAGGAAAUAUAGCUUCACCUUAUCAUUUUAAAAUAUAUGUCGAUCGCUUCCAAACUACAUUUAGUACACAAAUAAAUCCUAGACGAAUCCAUGUACCAGGUGACAAUGAUAUUGGUGGCGAAAAUGGAGAAUAUAUUUCAAAUUCAAAUAUAAGGCGAUUUGAAAUUGAAUUUAUGCAUGAAGAUUUAUUUGAUUUUGAUAAUAGAAUGCGAUUUUUUAAAAUUAAUCGUAUGUUGAUGGAUUUUUCAAACCCAGAUCCUAUGAAUAAUUACGAUCGUAUAAGAAUUGGUGUAACGCAUAUGCCUUUAUUAAUGUCUGGUGGGCCAUUGAUGAGGAAUGUUUUAAAUGAUUUAGAUCCGCACGUUAUUUUUUCAGCACAUUGGCAUGAAUCUCGCAUUUUUUUAUUCCCAUCUUCAAGUUCACAAGAACUUUAUACUAAUAAGGUUCUUGAAUAUGAUUUAAUAAAAUUAAAAGACGACCAUGAGUAUUUGGAAAUAAUGAUACCUACAGCUUCAUAUAGAAUGGGUAAAAUGAAAAUUGGGUACGGAUCUGCAAUAUUCGAUAAUAAUGUUCUUCGCUACACAGUUCUUUGGAAUUUUAGUAGAUUUAUUUCUUUGUUAAUUUACCUAUUGUGGGUCGCCACAAUUGCAAUUUUAUGUCUUAUUUUUAUUGUUAUUUGGAGAUGUCCAAUUAGAUUGGGCAAACGAAAAAAUAUCAACAAUAAUUCAUAUAUACCUCAGCUUUAGAUAUGAAAUUUUUUUAUUAAAAUUUUUCAUUUUUUACAACGAAACUCAUAUCUUUAACAUAUCUCAAACUGGAAAAUCUGAUGUUAAUUAAUAUCUUCAUGAUGUUUAUAUAAUAUAUAAAAGACUCAUUAUAAUGUAAGGUUUGAAUAAUUAUAUUAAAAAUUUGUAAACGUAUUUUUUUUUUAGAAAGGUAGAAUAUUUUUAAAUGUUAAAUAUGUUCCUUAUGCUAAAUAGGGUUCGUUAAUUUUAAGUUAACUUCUAUAUAUUGUCUUUUAUUACUGCAUAAAAUCAAUUUUUAUCGUUGAUAUUUUGUAAAGUUGAUUUCUAUAUUUUAUUUUAGAAAUCAAUUAAUAACUUAAUGAAAAAAGUCUCAAUAUACACCAGUUUCAAUGUAAAAAAAACUUGUUUUAAGGCAACAAAAAUAAGAUUAAUUAAA